CUUGAUGACAAAAUAGUGAAGCACACAACCUUAUCUUUUAUUGCAUUUUUGCUACGGAGAGCUGAGAAGAAUAUUGAUUACUGCCUCAGUGAGGAGUUUUGUUCCAGGUCAGAUCACUAUUGCAAGCGUGUGAUGGAGGAUUUUGUGCAAAAUUAUCGAGAAGCUCUCUGUAAGAUGUUUCCUGACAUAACUAAUAUAGUUGCUAUAUGGCAAUCAUUAACUAAGAAAGAACAAAAUGAAAACCAGACAACAGAACAAGGAAGUCAAUACAAAUCUUCUUUAAAUGGUAAAGGAGCUGAAUUCAAGGAGUAUGACUUGAGCAAUUCAGGUGUCAUUCUCUUGAAAGCUGUGAUACUUCAAGUUCUGUGCCUCUAUCAAAAAGUAAUUCCCUAUGUGAUAACCCAAAGUACUUUUGACUACAGCAAAAUGCUGAAUGGCAUUUUUACUGAAAAUAUCAGGAGAUAUGUAGUACCUCCUGUUCUUCAGCACCAGAUGCUCAAGUUGUGUUUGGAUCUUCCUGCCAACAAGUUUUCUUGGUUCCAG